CACAGAUUGGAGAAGUAGGGUGAAUGCGAUGGUGUUGAGGGCUGGGGAUUUUACUUUUUAGUGCAAAUCCUUCCUGGGGUGUGUUUGGCGGCGGUAACCACGAUUUGCACAGAGAGAAGAGCCAGCACCGGCGAAGAGAAAAAAGACAAGAGAGGAGAAUCAAGACUCCGCCUCAGCUAGCAGUCAAUCUCAACGGCGUCAUUGCCGGUUUUCGUUUCCAACCAGACUGGAUCAUCUGUUUGAACCAGAACUCGGCUUCGGGAAAUUCAGCUUCACUAACUGCUAUAGUGAGGCUGAGCAAGGAUGGCGGACAUUAUAAAUAUGAAAGACGCAGAGGCGUUGGCUGCGGAGUGGGGAAUUGACACAUCGCAAAUAGAUUUUGAUUCUAUAGAGCUGCCGCCGGGCGAGGAUUUCGGCAUCAUCAGUGACGAUGAAGAUGUCUAUCAAGAGGAACAGCUGGAUUCGGACACAGGGUUCGGCAACGUGAUUGUUGUGGAUAAUCUUCCGGUUGUUCCGUUGGAGAAAUUCGAGAAGCUUGAAGGGGUUGUCCGCAAGAUUUAUACUCAGAUUGGGGUUAUUAAGGAGGAUGGUCUCUGGAUGCCCGUUGAUUCUAAGACCAACAAAACCUUAGGCUACUGCUUCAUUGAAUACAACACUCCUCAGGAAGCGGAACUGGCUAAGGAAAAGACCAACGGGUAUAGGCUGGAUAAGUCUCACUUUUUCGCGGUGAAUAUGUUUGAUGAUUUCGACAGAUUUAUGAGAGUUCCAGAUGAAUGGGUAGCUCCAGAGAUCAAGCCAUAUGUCCCUGGGGAGAAUCUCCAGCAUUGGCUGACAGAUGAAAAAGCGAGGGAUCAGUUUGUUAUUCGUGCUGGCACAGAUACUGAGGUUUUCUGGAAUGAUGCCAGACACUUAAAGCCUGACCCUGUCUACAAGCGAACGUACUGGACUGAGAGUUAUGUUCAGUGGUCUCCACUUGGAACCUAUCUUGCCACAGUUCACAGGCAAGGAGCAGCUGUUUGGGGUGGUGCAACAACUUUCAAUCGACUUAUGCGUUAUGCACAUCCUCAGGUUAAAUUGAUUGACUUCUCCCCGGGUGAGAAAUAUUUGGUUACCUAUAGCAGUCAUGAACCGAGCAAUCCACGUGAUGCAAAUAGGGUGGUAAUAAAUAUUUUUGAUGUAAGAACGGGCAAGGUGAUGAGAGAUUUUAAAGGGAGUGCCGACGAGUUUGCAAUUGGAGGAGCUGGUGGUGUCACUGGUGUUUCAUGGCCUGUUUUCCGCUGGGGUGGCGGGAAGGAUGACAAAUAUUUUGCUAAACUGGGCAAAAACAUGAUUUCUGUCUAUGAAACUGAGACUUUCAGCCUCAUUGACAAGAAAUCCAUGAAGAUUGAGAACGUGAUGGACUUCACUUGGUCCCCAGCUGAUCCAAUCAUUGCACUCUUUGUUCCUGAGCUUGGUGGAGGGAACCAACCUGCUAGGGUUAGUCUUGUUCAAAUUCCCGGGAAACAGGAACUGAGACAAAAGAACCUUUUCAGUGUCAGCGAUUGCAAAAUGUACUGGCAGAGCUGUGGUGAUUACCUUGCUGUGAAGGUGGACCGCUACACCAAAACAAAGAAGAGCACAUACACAGGGUUUGAGCUUUUCAGAAUCAAAGAGCGUGAUAUCCCCAUCGAGGUCUUGGAGCUUGAGAACAAGAAUGAUAAGAUUAUUGCUUUUGCAUGGGAGCCUAAGGGUCACAGAUUUGCAGUUAUUCAUGGUGAUGGUCCUAGGCCUGAUGUAAGCUUCUAUUCAAUGAAGACUGCUCAACAUUCUGGCCGCGUCUCAAAACUCACUACGCUCAAGGGAAAACAGGCCAAUGCACUCUUUUGGUCACCUAGUGGCCAUUAUGUCAUCCUGGCAGGAAUGAAGGGUUUCAAUGGUCAGUUGGAGUUUUAUAACGUUGAUGAGCUUGAAACCAUGGCUACUGCUGAGCAUUUCAUGGCUACUGAUGUUGAUUGGGAUCCUACUGGAAGGUACGUUGCUACAGCUGUCACAUCAGUACAUCACGAGAUGGAAAAUGGAUUCAAUAUAUGGUCAUUCAACGGGAAACUCCUCUAUAGGACACUCAAGGAUCAUUUCUUCCAGUAUCAAUGGCGCCCAAGGCCGCCUUCAUUCUUGAGUGCUGAAAAAGAGGAAGAAAUUGCCAAGAACUUGAAGAAGUAUAGUAAGAAGUAUGAGGCAGAAGACCAGGAUGUGUCGCUGCUGUUAAGUGAACAAGACAGGGAGAAGAGACGUUUGUUGAAGAAAGAAUGGGAAGAUUGGGUGAACAGAUGGCAGCGGCUGCACGAAGAAGAGAAAUUGGAGAGACAGAAAUUGAGGGAUGGAGAGGCCAGUGAUGAAGAAGAGGAGUACGAAGCCAAGGAAGUUGAGGUCGAGGAAGUCUUGGAUGUUUCGGAGGAAGUCGUUUCGUUUGAAUAGAGACAGUAGAUGUAGUCAGCAUGUGUUUGCAUACAUGGACCAUAUGCAGUAUACCCUCGUUUGCUGUUUCUGAUUCAGCUUAAUCUUGUGUUUUUUUCUUUCUUGUGUUUGAACUCUGAAGACUACUGUUGUAAGUUUGUUAAAGAACACAUUGCUGCAAAUCUCGUAUGUACUUUUAUAAUGGCUGCUGAGAUCAUGGCUCAAUUUUGUUUAGUUUACUGUGGCGUAAGAUGUGCUGCACUUUCGUUUCCCUUGAUGUGAUCCCUAUUUGAUAUUGAUGUUCUGCACUGAGAGUUUAGUUCAGUGGUCUCCACUUGGAACCCACCUAGCCACAUUUCACAGGGAGGAGCAGCUGUUUUGGGUGGCGCAACAAUUUUCAACUGAUAAGUUUAUUCUUUACUUCCAAAGGGUGUAAUAAAUACUUUUGAUUUAGGAACGGGGAAGGUAGUGCUGACGAAUUUGCAAUUGGAGGAGUUGGUGGUGUAACUAGUGUUUCAUGGCCUGUUUUCCAGUAGUUUCUCCUCUGCAAUCUGUCUGGCCUGUUUUCCAUAGUUUCUCCUCUGCAAUCUGUCUGUUUUCUGCUACUUUCCUGUAUUUGUGAUCAUUUUGGAAAACAACCUAUCAGAUAUUCAGAUGCCUUGAGUACUGUAAAGGAAAAAGAGGUUGCCAAGAACAAGAAGUGCAAGGCGGAGGAUCAGGAUGUGUCGCUGCAGUUGAGCGAGCAAGACAGAGAGAAGAGAUGGUUGUUGAAGAAUGGAUGAGAAGAAUGAGUGAGCAGAUGGAAGCUGCUGCACAAAGAAGAGAAAUUUGGGGAGACAGAAAUUGAGGGGUGUAGAGGCCAGUGAUGAAGAAGAGCAGUACGAGGACAAGGAAGUAGAAGUUAAGGAGGUUUUGGAUGUGUCAGAGGAGGUGGUUUCAUUUGAAUAUGGACACUGUCCAUUGGACAGUAGUUAUUGUAAACAUGUGCUUGCAUGCAGCCCUCAUCAGUGGUUUCUUUCUGAUGGAGCUUCAGGUUUUUUCGUGUGUCACUCAGUAUGGCCAUGCCACACCAGCUAGUCCUGCCCUUAUAUUGUUGAGCUUGUCACUCAGUAGUAUCAAGUAAAACACGAGCUUAAUGUAUAAGUAGCCAAUCUAAAAUACCAGCUUCUUUCAUUAAAGCAAGGACCACUGUUACCUUCCUAGCACCUGCUGCAACAGUUCUAGAGAUAACAAUUUUGGAAAGCUAGAAUAAGAAUGCCACACAGCACACACUACAGGAGGAAAGACGAGGCUGGGGGAGGGAUGGUUACGCGGCGGUGGGGCAUGACGCAAGGAGUAAACUUGGAAGAAGAAGGUUUUGGCAAAACACUCACGGGAAUGCUACUCCCAACCCUAGCACCAACGAAGGGGGGACAGAUCUGAUUCAUAGAUGACCCGAGAUUCAACGGAGUGGCCAUGGGGUGAUUCUGAUAAGGAAAGAAAAUGAGAAAGUAUGCACUUGGCUGGAUGUGAGGAAAGAAAAUGGGAAAGAUGAGACAGAUUGAACUACUUGGGUAGAGGUGAGGAAAGAAGAAGGGAAAUAGAAAGAAAAGCUAAGUAAGCGCAAGUUUGGGAGUGGUGAAGAAGGAACAACUUAAAAGUGGAUGAAACUCGAUUCUGUGAGUUCUAAGUGAAAGGCAUCAUUGAUGCACAACUAAGGGGAAAGAGGGAGAAGUAGCAGUGGACUGGUGCUUUUUUGUUAAAACAACAGAAAGUCUAUUUGCAUGUCUUCCUUAUCCCUUUUCCCCCUAUACUGAUAUGAGAAAAAGACCGAGUCCCUUUAUUUGCAGAGAAGGGGAGUAGGAGUAGGAGCAGGGGCGUAGCCAGGAUUUUAUCGAGGGUGGGUCCGUUUAGAAAAAAUACAUACGAUAAAAUAGUUUUGUUAGC